UAAACAUUAUCUUCAGCCCAAACAUCAAGACAACAAUGCUGGGUUACGCCGGGACCAAGGAUCGUCGAGCUAAAACCUCACAAUGGUUCAGUCUUCGGAAGGUGGACCCGAGGAAGAUCGUCAAUGCAUGCAAGGAUCUACCUUCCGUCAAGAUUGGCAACUUCAGCUUUAGCUCAGUGCAUCUCAAGCUUGGGAUGCUGAAAGGAAAUCGGUUUCGGAUAUGCCUCCGCAACGUGACGGGUGAUCCCGAGUUGGUGGAUAGGGCUUGUUGCAGCCUGAGAGACAAUGGCUUCCUGAACUACUACGGGCUGCAGCGGUUCGGUGCCAACACCAGCGCGCCGACCUCCACCGUGGGCAAGCUGCUGCUGCAGGGGAACUACGAGCAGGCAAUACGAUGUAUACUGUCGGAACGGGCGGGCCCGUUGGAGCGAGUGCUGUGUGCGUACCAACGACACGGUGCGAGCGCGGCGCUUCGUAUGAUACCGGGCGGGCCGCACGACCGACACACGCCCGAGCUGCGACUGCUGCGUGCGCUGGCAGACGGUCCCCAACACCUGACGCAUGCGCUGGACCAGAUUCCCCGAAACACCCGGCUGCUGUACGUGCACUCGUACCAGUCGCUGGUGUGGAAUGGGGCCGCCUCGGAGCGCGUCCGUCGUCACGGACUGCGCCCUGCCCCCGGUGACCUCGUGCUCGCUGAGCCCCGCACGCCCGCAGACACAAUAGAACCAAUAGACGAGACUGUAUCUGAUGAGCAGGAGGGGGAUGCAGAAGAAGUGGAAACCGAAACCCAAGGUGAUGAAGACAACCAAGAGAGUGCAGAGACGACGAAGAUGGUCGCGGUGAAAGUUGUGACUCAGGAAGACGUGGAAAGCGAUCGGUACACUAUAUUCGAUGUGGUGUUGCCGCUGCCAGGACACUCUGUCCGCUACCCGCCCAAUAUGGUGGACUUCUACCAGGAGAUGCUGACCAAAGACGGACUUACUUUGGAGAUGAAACAUAAACACAAAGGCUACCAUCUCGGUGGUGGGUAUCGGCACGUGGCCGUGCGGCCCGGUGAAGUGACGUGGCGCCUGGUGCGCUACCACCAGCCCACCGCCGACCUGCUGCUGUCAGACCGCGACCAGCUGGAGGGGGUUACCGCCACCGGCGACCAAACAGAUGGUAAAUACAGCGCCUUACUGCUAACAUUGAGUCUACCGCCCAGCUGUUACGCCACGAUGGCGCUCAGAGAACUUCUCAAAAUGGAUACUUCUAGCAGCACACAGGCCAAGCUCAAUGACUACCACAAGGACUGCGGAGGACAAGAGCUGACCGAGCCCGGCCAGACAGACGCACGAGCAGGUGAUGACGACAAACGGAAGAUCCAAGAUGGCGGCGAGGAUGAGUGUAGUGGUGAGAAGAAGUCAAAGAUAUCUGAUGAUUAAAUAAAUAGGUGCAAUAAACAA